UCUUUUCCUCAUUCGUAAGCUCGCUUGAGUAGAACACGUGUAACGUCAUAUUGUGUAAGCAUAAUAGUGUUAUGUCAAACUGUCGUAGUAUUUUUAAGAAAUCUUUUACGAAAAGCAACUCACAUCUCUUUGAAAAUGAAGACACGAUUCAAUACCUACGACCUUGUAUGUUCGGUAACUGAACUACAAAAGCUUAUUGGUAUGCGAGUUAAUCAAAUAUACGAUAUAGAUCAUCGUACAUAUCUUAUUCGUUUUCAACGUAGCGAGGAAAAAUGUAUGCUUUUAAUUGAAUCUGGUAAUAGAAUUCACACAACAGAUUUUGAAUGGCCAAAGAAUGUAGCUCCUUCAGGUUUUUCGAUGAAGAUGCGCAAACAUCUUAAAAAUAAAAGAUUAGAAAGUCUCACCCAAGUUGGUACGGAUCGAAUAAUAGAUUUACAAUUUGGAAGUGGUGAGGCUGCAUACCACAUACUUUUGGAACUGUUUGAUCGUGGUAAUAUAAUUCUUACUGAUUGUGAGAUGAUAAUUUUGUAUGUCUUAAGACCUCAUACAGAAGGAGACAAAAUAAGAUUUGCGGUAAAAGAGAAAUACCCAUUAGACAGAGCUCAUACUGAAACAAUGCCACCUAUAAAUGUGAUUCAUGAGCAUAUUCAGAAAUCCAAGGAAGGAGAAAGUCUCAAAAAAGUAUUGAAUCCACUGUUAGAAUUUGGUUCUACUGUGAUUGAUCAUGUUUUACUGAAAGUUGGAUUCAGUCUUGGUUGUAAAAUUGGUAAAGAUUUUAAUGUAACUGAAGAUAUGCCAAAACUAAUUUUAGCACUUGAAGAUGCAAAUAACAUGAUGUAUACUGCAAAGAAAGAUAUAUCAAAAGGCUACAUUAUUCAAAAAAAAGAAACAAAACCAUCUCAAGAUGGCAACGUGGAAUAUGUAUUUGCCAAUAUUGAAUUCCAUCCGUUUUUAUUUGAACAAUAUAAGAAACAAUCGUACAAGGAAUUUGAGUCUUUCGAUUCCGCAGUAGACGAAUAUUUUUCCACAAUGGAAGGACAAAAGAUUGACUUGAAAGCACUGCAGCAGGAAAAGGAAGCUUUAAAAAAAUUAGAGCGAGUAAAGAAAGAUCAUGAUCAAAGAUUGAUUACACUGGAGAAAACACAAGAAGUGGAUAAGCAAAAAGCAGAAUUGAUUUCGAGAAAUCAGGUUUUAGUGGACAACGCUAUACUCGCUAUACAGAGCGCGUUGGCAAAUCAAAUGUCUUGGCCAAACAUUCAGGUUUUGCUGAAAGAAGCUCAGGCCGGAGGUGAUCCUGUCGCUUCUGCUAUAAAACAAUUAAAGCUGGAAACAAAUCACAUUGCAUUAUUGUUACACGAUCCUUAUGAAGACAGUGACGAAGAAUCUAAGCUCAAGCCCAUGGUUAUUGACAUAGAUCUAGCCCAGACAGCGUUCAGUAAUGCCAAGAAAUAUUAUACUAAAAAAAAGUCAGCAGCUAAGAAACAGCAAAAGACAAUAGAGUCUCAAGGAAAAGCUCUAAAGUCAGCGGAAAAGAAGACGAAACAAACGUUGAAGGAAGUGCAAACUAUACACACUAUCAAUAAAUUAAGAAAAACAUAUUGGUUUGAAAAGUUCUACUGGUUUAUUACAUCUGAAAAUUAUUUAGUGAUUGGUGGACGAGAUCAGCAACAGAACGAACUAGUAGUGAAGAGAUAUCUAAAAUCGGGAGAUUUAUAUGUUCACGCAGAUUUAACCGGUGCCAGUUCUGUUGUGAUAAAAAAUCCCAGCGGUAAUCCCGUGCCACCAAAAACGCUGGCGGAAGCAGGCACCAUGGCUGUUGCAUACAGCAUAGCCUGGGAUUCGAAAGUAAUAACUAGCGCAUGGUGGGUGUAUCACGAUCAAGUAUCAAAGAGUGCACCCACCGGUGAAUAUCUUACUACUGGAUCUUUCAUGAUACGCGGAAAGAAAAAUUAUCUGACACAGAGUCAACUAAUUAUGGGAUUGGGCAUCAUGUUUCGGCUGGAGGAUAGUUCGAUAGAACGACAUAAAGGCGAGAGAAGAGUGAAAGCUCUCGAUGAGGAAAGUGAAAAAUCGGAUUCAGUAGUCGAAGAUGAUAAAGAAAUAGAGUUGGAAAGUGAUUCGGACGAAGAUAAUAUAGACAAUAAAGAUACGUUACAUCCAAUACAAGAGGAAGACGACGCGAGAGAAGAAGAACAAGAGAAAGCAGAAUCAUGUGCAGUGGAUAAUGAUGCUGACGAAAAUGAACGUGAAGAAAAUGAAGAAGACGAAAAAUGUCAAUUUCCCGAUACGCAAAUUAAAAUUGAUCUCUCGGGCCCAAAGCUAAAACUACACGUUGAAAAUCAGCCCUUAUUACAAGCACAAGACAAUACGGAAGAAAGUGUAGUUUACUUAGGAGAUGACAAGCCUGUUAUAAUAAAUACAUCGAAGCCAAAAAAGCAGGAAAAAACGAAACAAAAGGAGCUUUCAAAAGAAUCAACCGAAACAGAAAAGAAUGAAAAAGAUGAAAAAAACGAUGGUGAUAAUAAAAAGGGAGAGCAACCUGUGUUAAAACGAGGGCAAAAAGGAAAACUGAAGAAAAUGAGAGAAAAGUACAAAAAUCAAGAUGAGGAAGAUAGACGACUCUCAAUGCUUGUUUUACAGUCGGCAGGCGCAGCAAAAGAGGAUAAAAGAAAAAAUAGAGCUAAAGAUCCAUCGGGUCCCAAACAACAAGGGAAAAAGAAAACAAAUUCAAAGCCAAAUGUUUCUCCACAACCUGUGCCUGUAAUAGAUAAUAUUGAUGACGAAGACACUGGUCCAACACCUGAAGUCGAUAUGCUCGAUCAAUUGACGGGAAAGCCUUUCUCGGAAGACGAACUAUUGUUCGCUGUACCUGUAGUGGCACCUUACAACACGUUACAAAAUUACAAAUUUAAGGUAAAAUUAACUCCCGGUAUUGGAAAAAGAGGUAAGGCCGCUAAAACAGCGAUAGCCGUGUUUCUUAGAGACAAAGAGAUCUCCUCGCGCGAAAAAGACUUGUUAAAAGCAAUUAAAGACGAGACAAUAGCCAGAAAUAUACCUGGAAAAGUUAAAAUAAGCGCUCCUCAGAUUCAGAAGCUAAAGAGAUGAUCACCUGGUAAAGUAUUCGAUUGUGCUAACGAGAAAUGUCUUGCAUCUUUUUAAGUACUUUUACUGUUAAUGCAUAAUAUUUAAUGAAUAUUAAUUAACAUGUUGCAUAAUGUUAAAUAUUCUGUUGCAUAAUGAAUUUAAUUUAACAUUAAGAAAUGUUAAAUAUUCUAUUGCAUAAUGAAUUUAAUUUAACAUUAAGAAAUGU